UACCGAGCCCAGCACACAAAGCAAGGUUACUGAUAAAGCAACUGGUAUCUAAUAGUGAAGAUCAGAGAUAUAGUGAGGAAUAGCGAUAUACUGGGAAACGUUUUCCUGGGAGGAAUUACUUUAUAUGCUUCAGUAAAGAAUAGAGAAACUGAUUUGUACUGCCAGUUAGGGACUGAUAAGAAUUUUGAUAGUCAGUAACUGGGAAACGUAUUAUUUUUCUGGAAGAUAGUAUUGAGGGUGUUUUGUGUAUUUAGGGUUAGGACCUAGAAACUGGUAUCUACUGGUAGUAAAGGACAGCAUUUUUUAAUUGGUGCACGGUACACAAGGUUAUAGGGACAGAGAAAGUGAGCGUGACAGGGACUGGUAUCCAUUUUGAAGCUGGAAGUUUGUCGGCACUGGGAAGGCGGGAGAGUGAAGCACUGGUGUGGAGAGACUCAUGUAUACUGGGAAGGAGGGAGAGUGAAGCCGGUCCAUUGGAAAGAUGCCACGCUCGUUCCUGGUGAAGAAGCGACAGAGUCUGUCAGGGGCUCGACGCUGGAGGGAGACCCCUGAACAGCAGCAUGGAGACGGAUUCAUACCAGAGCCUUGCCCCCAGCCAGCCCCUGUCCUCGAGCCAGCCCCAGAGUCAGAGACUGGUGAGGGGAAGACAGCGGAAGAGUGGCGGAUACAGACUCCCGACCUGGGGGGGCAACAACAGCCCCCCGGAGACAGCCUGCAUCAGUACAACCCCAAUGUGGUCCCACAUCCCACUCCACGAGCCAAGGGUCGCUUGGCUCACUCGCAUGGUGACUUCCUCUGUCCGGUCUGUAACAAGGUGUUUCCGCUGCAGCGCAUGUUGACGCGUCACCUCAAGUGUCACAGCUCUGUGAAGAAGCACGUGUGCUGCUACUGCGCCAAGGGCUUCAACGACACCUUCGACCUCAAGAGGCACAUGCGCACGCACACAGGUAUACGUCCGUACGGCUGUGAGCUCUGUGAGAAGGCCUUCACUCAGCGCUGCUCCCUCGAGUCUCACUUGAAGAAGAUCCACGGUGUGACUCAGCAGUACGCGUACCGUGAGCGGCGCUCCAAGAUCUUCGUGUGCGAGGACUGCGGCUUCACCUCCGUCAGCGGGGAGGAGUACUUCCUGCACAUGCGUGAGCGCCACCCAGGCAGCCCUGCGCUGAGGCGAUACUUCCGCAAGCACGGUGCCAGCGCUGCCAGCAAGCUGGGAGCAGUGCUGCUGUACCCGGGGCCGCCCGCAGGGUACUAUCUGUGACAGCCAGCAUCUGGGACCCAGUGCACUGCCUGGGACUCACAACCAGAGAAAUCGAGAAGACUGCCUGGGACUCACAACCAGAGAGAUCGAGGACACUGCCUGGGACUCACAACCAGAGAAAUCGAGAAGACUGCCUGGGACUCACAACCAGAGAGAUCGAGGAGACUGCCUGGGACUCACAACCAGAGAGAUCGAGGAGACUGCCUAGAACUCACAACCAGAGAGAUCGAGGACACUGCCUGGGACUCACAACCAGAGAGAUCGAGGAGACUGCCUGGGACUCACAACCAGAGAGAUCGAGGAGACUGCCUGGGACUCACAACCAGAGAGAUCGAGGACACUGCCUGGGACUCACAACCAGAGAGAUCGAGGAGACUGCCUGGGACUCACAACCAGAUAGAUCGAGGAGACUACCUUGGACCCACACCCUAUGAGACAGAGGGGGUUGCCUGGGUCUCACACCCUACUAGAUACAGUGCAGUGCGCUAUCUGAGUCCCACACCCUACUAGAUACAGACUCACACCCAUAGUGAUAGGCAGCACUACCUGCUUCAAAUGAAUCUUGAAAGCACUGCUGACUUGCUGAAUAUAGAUGUGUUUUACUGUAUAUUUGUUUUUUUCCCAUGUAAAACCAAGCUUUGUGUUUUAUUCAAGGUCAGUGUGUUUAUAAAAAUAAAGCGUGUUCUUAUCAUACGUUUAGAAGCAGUUUUGAAAGAAAGACGUCACAGCAAGCCGCUUAAAGAAAGCUCUGCUUGGAAGCCACGGUUUUAGAUUGUCUUAUACUUCCUGUAGAGUGCAAUUGCCCACAUGACUUCACCGGCUUCUUUCCUGUCAAUAACCAAUCAGCUGCUUCCCUGACUGACUGACACCUAACAUAACCCAGAAGACACUGCUAAGGUGAAAUGACACAGGAAGUGCAAACAGAUAAUCUGUGAAAACAGGCAUACAAACUGAGAGCUUCUCUUAACCGAAAGCAGUACCAGAUAUCGUGUUUUAAAAUGAAAAUGCAAGUGUGCUAAUGGGUGUGUUUAUUUUAAAGAGAUGCUGUUUAUUAUUCUUAUUUAUUUACAUUUGUUUUGUAAAUAUGAGACCUGUGAAGUGAUGGCAAUACAUAUUA